AUGGACAUAGACGAGCUCAUGGAGGCCUCACCUUCAGAAGUAAAGGAUGCGGAUGAAGCAAAAACUAUACUGGAAAAGAAUUUGAUGGUUAUCCUGGGCAAAGAAAUCACUAUCGACACUCUACGCGCCUCGCUAUGGCAUAUCUCUCAGGGUGCCAAAAUGCUGGCUACAGCAAAAACACUGGUUCAGGCAGUUGCAUUGCUAUUAGGAGAGAUCGAUGAGGACUUAAAAGUGGAGAGCAUUGCAGGGAGAGUUACGGAAAUGGUUCUGGACAAGCUGAGUCUGGACAUUAAUCAACUUGCCUAUAUGAGUGAAUCUUUGAAGGCCUCCAGCUCCUCGGUGGAAAUCUCGAUCGCCUCCCUAUGUGACUUCCCUUCCCACUCACAAGCGGAAUCAGACUCACUUCAGAAGCUAAAGGACAACAUAGAAAGUUCACGCCAGAGUCAAGCAGAGGACAGCAAGAUGCUCCUGACGGGGAUGCGGGAAGUAUUCGAGAAACUGAAAGAGGUCGCUAAACAAGUUGAUUCCAUCCCCAUCUCCUCCACCCUGUCGACCUCCUCCGUCCCACAUCCUGACCCCUCCCGGUCGUAUCGCAAUGCGCUCCUUAAUACCUCUGCCAGCGGUCAUGGGCAGAACCUUGUCGAUCCCAAAGUAGCCCGACAGUCUAUUCUGAAAGCUAGGCAAAUCCUUGUUGAUCUGAGCUACCCUGGAAGCGAGACAGUCCCGGCACGCAGUCUCGAAUCCAUCCGCGACACGGCAAUCCACUUCUGCAAGAUGGCCGAACCCCGUCCCUCCUGCGACAUAGUUAUUGAGGACACUUUUAGAAUCCAGAACGGUGGAAUCAUCUUCCAAUUCAAUUCAAAGAAAGCCGCGGACUGGAUUCGCUCCCCCCCGGUGAGCUCGCCCUUUGCGAAUGCCUUUGGCAACAGAGCAGCAGUCAAACUCUGUCUCUUCCCUCUCCUCCUCCGUUUCAUCCCUUUCACUUUCCGCCCAGAUGUCCCCGCUGAUCUCAGGGAACUUGAAGAAAGGUACAAGCUCCCCCCAUUGUCUCUUCCCUCCGCUCACUGGGUCAAGCCCAAAGAAAAGAGGCAUCCUACCCAAAUGGUAGGUCACUGCAUUCUCAAUGUCUCUUUGAUGGAUAUCGCAAACCGAUUGAUCAUGGAUGGUAUCACCAUCCGUGGGCGAUGA